CAAAUGUUUGAGAAUUAUAGACAAACAUGAGAAGUAACCCCACAAGGUAUUAGUAGUAAACUGAACUACACACAUCACAUGGGAUCCCCUUACAAAUAAAGCCUAUUUUGUAGCUUCAUUUCUCACAAACACCUUUAAUUUCAUAUGUGUUGGGGGCUUUAAUUUACCUUUCUCAACUCUAUACAAGCACUUGUGCCCUACCAUCGCCAUCGUCUUGGAAUCCUCUCAACAUUGUUAUGGCAACUUCCGUACAUGUAAAACAAGCCCUCGUUAUUACUCCCUCCGAGCCCACGCCGGCCCGCGUCCUCGCUCUUUCAGCUAUUGACUCCCAACUAUUCCUUCGUUUCACCGUAGAGUACCUCUUGGUCUACCGGGCCUGGCACGGGCUUGAUCAGGCUGCCACCACAGCCCGUCUAAAAUCGGCAUUAGCUGAAGCGCUUGUUCCCUACUAUCCGUUUGCAGGUAGGAUCAGGCCCCGCCCAGAUGCCCCGGGCCUUGAGGUGCUCUGCCGGGCCCAGGGUGCAGUGUUCAUUGAGGCCUUUUCUGACCGUUACAGUUCCAACGACUUAGAGAAACCGCCGAAAACUGUUGCUCAGUGGAGAAAACUGUUGUCCCUCCACGUGGCAGACGUUCUAAGAGGAUCCCCGCCGCUGGUCGUUCAGCUCACGUGGCUCCGCGACGGUGCAGCAGCGAUCGCCGUUGGAAUCAGUCACUGUAUCUCCGACGGAAUCGGAAGUGCAGAGUUUCUCAACUACUUCGCGGAGUUAGCUUCUGGAAAACGCGUCGCCGGUUCAAGACCGAAACCUGUUUGGGAGCGUCACCUCCUGAAUCCGCCACCACCGGCGGGAAAGAAAUGCGUCCGGGUCAACCCGGCGAGUCACCCAGAGUUCAACCGAGUGCCUGACCUCUGUGACUUCAUGAACCUGGUCUCUACCGGACUCAAGCCUACCUCCAUCACCUUCGAUAAAAUGAGGCUCGGCGAGUUGAAGAGGCUCGCCCAGUGCACGAGUCAACCCGGCGAUGAGUCAUCGUCGUUCUACACGUCUUUCGAGGUCCUCGCAGCUCACGUGUGGAGGAGCUGGGCCAGAGCACUGGAAUUUCCGCCAAAUCAGGUGUUGAAGCUGCUUUUUAGCAUCAACGUACGGAACCGGGUCAAACCGGGUUUACCAGAAGGUUACUACGGUAACGCAUUCGUAUUGGGAUGCGCAGUGACGAGAGCUAGGGAUCUGGAGGAGAAAGGAAUCGGGUACGGGUCGGGAUUGGUAAGAAUGGCGAAGGAAAGAGUGGGGAAGCAGUACGUGAGAGAAGUGAGUGAGUUAGUGUCCGAGUCAAUGGCGAAUCCGGACUCAGUGGGAGUGCUUAUAGUGUCGCAGUGGUCGAGGUUGGGAAUGGAGAGGGUGGAUUUCGGGAUGGGGAAGCCGGAGCACGUGGGAUCGGUGUGCUGCGACAGAUACUGUUUGUUUUUGCCGGCGAGUGAUAAUGAAGAUGAGAGUAGGGAGGGCGUGAAGGUGAUGGUGGCGGUGCCUACUUUUGCCGUUGACAGUUACCAGUUCUUGAUGCGAGAUUCCAAUCUUUAAAGUAAGACAUGAAAGUCGGUUACAUCUAGGCACAUAGUAUGUUUUUUCCUACGUUGACUUGUGUAACUGGUUUUUGUCAUUUUUCUUGGUACUUUUUCUAGCUAGCUAAGUUAUGUAUCAUGUAUGUUCUCUCGGUAAUUUCAUUUUUAUUUAAAUGAAAUAAUAAUAAAUUAAUAAUAAGUAGAGUAGUAGACUAUUUGUUGGACGGUUGGACCACACAUUCAACCUUUUUUUGUCUGGAAUUCCGUACAGAGAAAUUACUAUUUCAUGUGAAAAUAUAUUA